AUGUCUGCCGUCGUCAACCUCGUCAGGACCAACCCUGCUUUGGCACCCCUCUUCAUCUUCGGCGGCUCCGGCAUCGUCGGUGGUGUUGCAUACAUUGGCCACUGUUUGGCGAACGGACCUGACGUUAUCAUCAAUAAAACCGCCGCCGAGAAGCCCUGGAACCGUAUCCAGCCCCAUGAGAACGCCAAGCUCUGGUCUCCUAACAAGGAAUUCUGGCAGCAGCGCAAGGAACGUGUCGAGCAGUCCAAGAAGGUCUGA